AUGUACAAGGACAUAGAAGCAGGGGUUGCUGCAAGAGUACCAAACUCCAAGAAAAAAUAUUCAGCUAUAGCAGCAUUGAGUUUGGCUUUUCUACUUUCUAUAGCCAAAUUAUGGUUUAUAUGGUAUUUUUUGGGUGCACCGUCGAAAAUCUCAAAACUUAGCGUCGGAAACUCUAUAUUGGACGACUCAGCCUGUCCCGUCGCGCCAGCUUUGAGGCCUGAAUCCUAUGUGAAGGACAAUUCUACCCUGGUGAAAAUCGUGGAAGAUCAGACAUUCCGCAACGAGUCGGUGGCCAAGUUACUGGGUGCCGUGCACUACAGAACAGUCAGCUCUGAUUCUCGGCCAGACCCGAAAACUAAUCCAGAGUUCUACGCACCUUUUUUGAAAUUCCACGAAUACUUACAAAAGACUUAUCCAUUAGCGCACAAAUACUUGGAUUUGGAGCAUCCAGGGUAUGAAUUCAAUUUGCUUUACACGUGGAGAGGCUCCGAUCCUUCCCUUAAGCCGCUGGUCUUGAUGGCGCAUCAAGAUGUGGUACCCGUUAAUCCGGAUACACUUGGCGAAUGGGAGCAUGAACCGUUUGAAGGAUAUUAUGACGGACAUUUUCUAUAUGGGCGUGGUGUUUCAGAUUGCAAGUCGCUACUAUCGUCACUAUUUCAGGCAAUAGAACUGCUGAUUAAAGAUGGAUUCGAACCUACAAGGACUGUGGUUUUAUCGCUGGGUUUCGACGAAGAAGUAGGAGGAAAGUACGGUGCUGCAACUUUGAGUGAUUUUCUAGUGUCUAGAUAUGGCAGGCAUGGAGCUUAUGCCAUUGUUGAUGAGGGUGGUGCUGCAAUUGAGCAAAUUGAUGACACGUUAUUCGCUCUGCCAGCUGUAGGAGAGAAAGGAAGCCUAGAGUCUUACAUAGAGCUGUUUACCCCUGGUGGACAUUCUUCAGUUCCUCCUGACCAUACCAACAUUGGCAUAAUAUCGGAACUCGUCUCAAACAUCGAAAAAGCUCCUUUUAGUCCCGAUAUCACUGAGUCUAACCCCUUUUUCAAGUAUUUGCAAUGUAUGGCAGUACACGCGACUGAAGAUUCCGCGGUUCCAAAGAAUGAAAUUUUGCGACUAUUAGUCGACGAGUCGGCUAAAGAACGUGUUUUGAAAUGGGUAGAUUCUAAAAGAAAUCUGAGAUAUCUGGCAAAAACGACUCAAGCUGUUGAUAUCAUUGAUGGUGGUAUCAAGGCGAACGCUCUCCCAGAGCAUACAAAGUUGGUAGUUAACCAUAGAGUAAAUGUGGGAUCCUCAUGUGCUGUCACCGGAGAGAAAAUCCUGAAUGACAUCAAAUCGGUGGCUAGUAAGCAUAAUUUAGGACUUCGCUUCAAUAACGAAGAGAUUUUGCCCAAGACGGAAAAUGGCUAUUUCAACUACACUACCGGUGACAUGUUAGAGCCAGCUCCUGUUUCACCUACAACUGGUGGAAAUUGGGAAGUUUUCAGCGGAACUGUGAAGCAUUUGUUCGAAGAUAUUGCGUACCCUGGACAAUUGAAAAAUCCGGUGGUCGUUUCUCCCUCUAUUACCACUGGGAACACUGACACAGCACAUUACUGGGAUUUGACAAAGCACAUAUACAGGUACAGGCUUGCAACUUUCAACAGUGUCCUUGACGGUCACGCCCAUGGGGUGAAUGAGCAAAUGCCAGUCGAAUCUCAUAUGUACUUGGUUGCCUUCAAUUACGAGUAUAUCAGAAACUGUGAUGCAGCCAAGGAUUAA